AUGGUAGUCCUAUUUUUCCUUUUAUUGUCCAAGGUGCUGGGACACAUAAAGAUUCCUGUAGAAAUCAAGCUGUCUCUCAAGCCGGACAUAAGCUUGAGUGUCGAGGGGAUUCACCUGACCAACACAACCAUUGAGAAAAAGGGAGAAAGAUAUGCAAUAACAAUAGGAAACUCGUAUUUAUCUGGAAACGGCACUUUGAACAUCAGCAAAGACGAGUUCUAUUGGGAUGCAUAUGAUAGGGAGCUCGGGACAAUCAUAUAUUCCGAAGACCAGUGCCUGACGUAUACAAGAGGUGGCCUGGGGAUGCUUCCAUGCCUAGACCCCUCGGACUUCAGAAGCGCAUCACAACUGUUUCAAGUCGAUCCCAUAGCCAGAAUGCCCAAGGGUGCAAGUGCAAUACACACAAAAAUGAACCUGGUUGGAAAAGUGGACAGGCUUGUAGAGCCUCUGAAUAGAAGAAUAGCAGAUAUGGUCGAUAGGAUGGAUUCAUUUGAAAUGUGA